AUGGCUUAUCAGUAUGAUGUUCGGUAUCGUAAAACUACUGAGCAUGGAAAUGCCGAUGCUUUAUCUCGUUUACCUGUUGGUGAAGAUAAAACUUUUGAUCAUGAAGAAUCCUGUUUCAAUAUCAAUGAACUUAACACACCUAUCGACGCUGAAAUAAUUCGUCAGCAUGCCAAAAAUGACCUAAUUCUUCACCGAGUUUAUUUUCUCGUUACAAACGGUUGGCCUGAAAAGCUAAUGCCUCAAGAUGCUGAUCUUCGAUCAUUUUUCAAUCAUCGCUUUGCUUUAAUACUAAACAACAAUUUACUUUGCCUCCAGACGGAGUACAACCGGGUUGUCAUUCCAGUCUCCCUUAAGCAGAAAGUUCUUAAACUUCUUCAUGAUGGUCAUUGGGGAGUAUCGAGAAUGAAACAGCUAGCUCGACAACAUGUCUGGUGGACUAAUAUUGACAAAGACAUCGCACAAUUAACUGAAAAUUGUGAUGUGUGCAAAAUUGCAAAUCCUGUUCACGCACGUGAAUACGUAAGCUGGCCUGAAGCUGAUCGACCUUGGGAGAGAGUACAUAUCGACUUUGCUGGUCCAUUUUGUAAUUCAAUGUGGCUAAUUUGUGUCGACGCUUUCUCGCAAUUUCCGUUCGUUGUACAACUAUCUACAACAACAACGGUUGACACCAUAUCAGCAUUGUCUUCUAUAUUUUCUCUGGAAGGUAUACCAGAAACCAUCGUAAGUGACAAUGGUCCGCAAUUUACAGCUGAAGCAUUUAAACAUUUUUGCUCAAAACUUGGCAUCAAACAUAUAACAACAGCGCCGUUUCAUCCAGCCUCAAACGGGUUAGCCGAACGAUUCGUCAGAUCUUUUAAAACUGCUGUUAAGAAAAACAUUGACGAUGGAUUGUCUCUCAAAUUCGCUGUAUCAAAAUACCUUGCAACAUAUCGUGCAAUACCGAAUGCUGAAGGUAAAUCACCUGCAGAACUUUUACAUGGAAGGCCUGUUCGUAAUCUGUUGAAUCAACUGUUUGAAUCGCCUAGGAAGCACCUUGAAGCUUCGAAACGGAAAAUGAAAUUCAGUCUAAAGCAACCCGUCUUCGCUCGAAACUACGCAAGAGGGGAAAAAUGGAUAAAAGGAGUUAUUAUGAAACAACUUGGUAAAAUGGUUUACAGAGUGAACACAUCUUUUGGUUACAUCAAACGUCACGUUAAUCAGCUUAAAACUAGAAGUAGCUCUGACCUCUCUUCACAACCAAUUUUUGAAUUCGCUCCAAAUUUCAUCAACGCCACACCGCCUUCAUCUAGCCAAUCAACAUUAAUGCCUAGUGAAGAACGUUCUACCGAAGUAGUUCAACUUCGAAAAAGUCGUAUUCGGAAGGAUGUAAUUCGAUUUGAAUCCGACGAUUUCAGGAAAACUUAA